AUGCGCUUCGUCGGUAAUAUGUUUCUUAUCGACGCUGCCUGGGCCCUGUUACAUCCACCACAGACAACGUCUGUUCCUCUCGCUACGGUUAGAAACGGCACAUACGCUGGAGUAUACAAUCCUCAAUAUGACCAAGACUACUUCCUUGGUGUUCCAUUUGCUCAGCCACCAGUACGUUUCUCCAUAGCUCAAGGACUCAAUACAACAUGGGAUGGUAUCCGAACAGCACAUGAACAUCCGGUCCAUUGCUAUGGCUACGGAUAUGAUCAAGAUGGCUUCGACCAGUCUGAAGAUUGUCUUUAUCUAAAUAUUGUACGACCAGCAGGUCUUGACAAUGAUGGCCUUCCAGUCGCUGCUUGGUUUCAUGGAGGAGGUCUAGAAAUGGGUGGUGCUGCGGACCCGCGAUACAACCUUUCCUUCAUUGUUGAGCAGAGUGUUGCCCUGGGGAAACCAGUCAUCGGUGUUGGUCUCAAUUAUCGCCUCUCAGCAUUCGGGUUCCUGGUGGGUAAAGAAGCCAUGAAAGAAGGAGUCACAAAUCUCGGAUUUCGUGAUCAAAGACUGGCACUAAGAUGGAUCAACGAGAACAUUGCAUCAUUUGGAGGCGAUCCCAAAAAAGUGACCAUCUUUGGGGAGAGCUCCGGGGCGGAAAGCGUCGCUGCUCAAGUAUUUGCCUACAAUGGACGCAACGAUGGCCUUUUCAGGGGAGCCAUGGGGCAAUCUGGCUUCGGUGCACCCCUUGGCCGAUAUCCUGGUGGCUUCAAUGCGACAGAAGCUACACAGAAUACUUAUGACAAUUUGGUCAGCUCGGUCCCAUCGUGUGAGAAACUGACCGGAUCAGAAUCGACUCUAGACUGCCUACGUAGAGCGCCCAUAGAGGAGGUUGACAUAGCAUUGCGAUCCGGCACUGCUCAGAGGUGGGCUCCUGUCUUGGAUGGUGACUUCUUUGCGGAUUAUACCACGAACCAAUUGUCCAGUGGACAGUUCCUCAAGAUCCCAAUUCUGAUAGGAGCUAAUACAGAUGAAGGGACAUCUUUUGGUUUUAGGGGCGUUGACAACGAUGAAGAUUUAAGAGCGGGGAUCAAAGCCAUGAUGAUUCCAAACGAAGUGGAGGAGACUACUGGAAAGAUCCGAGAUGCACUGGUCGAUGAGCUACUGGAGCUCUAUCCCAACGACCAAAGCAUCGGCAUCCCACCCUUGGAGAUCUGGCCACACAUUAUUCAGCCAGGCGAUGGUUACGCUGAGGAUCUCGGACUUCAAUAUCGUAGAGUUAACGCAAUAUCCGGGGAUUUUAUCAUGCACUACCAACGGCGUCGUGCCAACGAGGCUUGGGCAAAGCAUGGCAUACCCAGUUAUGCAUAUCGCUUUAAUAUCAUGCCAAACGGACACCGGCCGCAGGGUGGAGUGGGACAUUUUCAAGAAGUCGCUUUUGUGUUCCAUAACAUCAAUGGUGAUGGAUACGAUACUAAUCCAUUUGGGGGUAAUGGAACAUACCCAGCGGAUGCUAAAGCCAUGUCCAAGACGAUCAGCACUGCUUGGAUCAACUUCAUCAACGGGCUUGACCCUAAUGGAGAUUCAGGGCCGGAACUAUUCAAUGGUAACAAGUGGCCUAUCUAUGAACCGUCUCAUGGUCCCAAUGGUAAGGGUGUGGUCUUCAACAUCAAUGGAACGCAUAUUGAAGUGGAUAAUUGGAGAGCUGGAGGUAUAGAGUGGAUGGCGGAGCAUGCUUUGACAGUUUUUGGAAACUAG